AUGGCCGUCGUGUACGGACCACAGCCUCUGAAGCCAUUGAAUGUUGAGACGAGACAUGGUUUCGAAGAUCAAUAUAGUAGUGAGCAGCUGCUACAAGCAAUGGCAAAUGAUUUUAUAUUUUACUUCGAUGAUAAACGGCACAGGACUAAUGGGAAUCCAACACCAGAAGAAGUUAAGGAAAAUGAUGAGAAUCACUACUAUCAACCUAUUUAUGACUGGAAGAUUGUGAAGGACAGACAAAAGACUGUGAGCGCCGCUUUAUUGCUUUGCUUAAACCUUGGUGUUGAUCCACCUGACGUCAUAAAGACACAUCCAUGCGCCAGAGUAGAGACAUGGGUGGAUCCUCUGAAUUUCCAGGACUCUAAGAAGGCCAUUGAACAAAUUGGUAAGAACUUGCAAGCACAAUACGAAACUUUGUCCCUGAGGACUCGUUAUAAGCAAAGUUUAGAUCCCUGUGUGGAAGAUGUAAAGAGGUUCUGCAACUCAUUGAGAAGAACAUCCAAAGACGAUCGGAUACUUUUUCACUACAACGGCCAUGGUGUUCCUCAGCCGACUCAGUCUGGGGAGAUAUGGGUCUUCAAUAGGGGAUAUACGCAAUACAUUCCUGUUUCAUUAUACGAUCUCCAGACCUGGCUAGGCGCUCCCUGCAUUUAUGUUUAUGACUGUAAUAGUGCCGGAAACAUCGUAACUAAUUUUCAGAAAUUUGUUGAAAAGCGAAUAAAGGACGAGCAAGAUGGUGUUCAUAACCCUGCGGCAGUUUGUCCCGCCGGUGCAUAUACGGAGUGCUUUCAGUUAGCCUCUUGUCAAUCUGAUGAGCUUCUGUUGAUGAGUCCUGAGCUUCCAGCGGAUUUAUUUUCAUGCUGCUUAACCUGUCCAAUCGAGAUAAGCGUGAGGGUUUUUUUGAUGCAAUCAACAUUGAAGGACUCCAAGUACAAGAUCUUUUUUGAAAACCCGAAUGCUGAUGACACGAACGAUUCAAAAAAAUCAUUUAAAUCAAAUAUUCCAAAUGUCAAUAUACCCGGUGUCCUUUCAGACAGAAGGACUCCAUUAGGAGAGCUCAACUGGAUAUUCACUGCCAUUACAGAUACAAUUGCAUGGACUUCUCUUCCAAGACCUCUCUUCAAGAAGCUUUUUAGACAUGAUUUGAUGGUAGCUGCACUAUUCCGAAAUUUUCUUCUAGCCAAAAGGAUAAUGCCUUGGUAUAAUUGUCAUCCCGUUUCGGAUCCUGAACUACCGGAUACAAUCUGCAACCAUCCCAUGUGGAAGUCAUGGGAUCUUGCCCUAGACGAGGUUUUAAGUAAAUUAGUGAACGAUCUUACAGAGGUGCCUCAAACAUCAGAGCUGGAAGGUGUCUUGAUAGCUCAGCAACAAGAACGGCCGCAAAGCGAGCGAUCUCAGCAGCAAACUGAGAACAACUCUGGAAGCGUCAAUGCGCAGUCAAGGUUUGCUGUUGCAAAUUUGAGCACUAUGUCGUUGGCGAAUCACCCAGCAGCACAAGCAAACUCACGUAAGUCGAUGACUAGCAUCUCUCAGAAUGAGCAGCCUCUUCAGCAUCAUCAACAGCAAUUUACUGGAUUUUUCGAACAAAAUUUGACCGCCUUUGAGCUUUGGUUGAAGUACGCAUCAAAUGCAAGGCAUCCACCGGAACAACUACCAAUUGUGUUGCAAGUCCUUCUUUCGCAGGUUCAUCGUAUUCGCGCUCUGGUUUUGCUAUCAAGGUUUCUUGAUUUGGGACCAUGGGCCGUUUAUCUAUCCUUGUCUAUCGGUAUUUUUCCAUACGUGCUUAAGCUUUUACAAAGUCCGGCCCCCGAGCUCAAACCCAUUUUGGUAUUCAUUUGGGCCAGAAUUAUGUCAAUAGAUUAUAAAAAUACACAAGCUGAACUGAUAAAAGAGAAAGGCUAUAUGUAUUUCGUAUCCGUCCUGGUACCUGACUUUGGAACGAGCUUGGCAAGCAAUGGCCUAUCUGUUAAUCCUAAUUCUCCUUUGACCAUAACGGCAUCUGGCAAUGCAAGCUCGUAUAGAAACCAGUUGUAUCAGCAAGGCUUGACUAACGGGAACUCUGGUGCACAUUCGGCUCCUUUUUAUCACUCCAAUGACACAACCGAUGAGCAGAAAGCAAUGGCUGUCUUUGUAUUGUCAUCCUUCGUACGAGAUUUUCCCUUAGGUCAAAAAUAUUGUUUUAGUCUGGAGCUGGUAAAUAAGCUAUGCUUCUACAUAGACCACUCAGAAAUUCCUCUAUUAAGGCAGUGGUGUAUUAUUUUAAUAGGUCAGUUAUGUGACCAAAACCCUCUUAACCGUUUCAUUUGUGUCAAUGGGGGUAUUGUGGACAAUUUGAUCCGAUCAUUAAAAGAUCCCGUUCCUGAAGUAAGGACAGCUGUUUUAUUAGCUUUGAAGUACUUAAUAUCCGAUUUGGAUGAUGCCGACCAAAUCAUUAGACUACAACAAGAUUAUGAGCAACAGUAUCAACAACUUCAUGUCCAACUUCAACAGCUUCAGAAUGCCUCUCACCAGCAACAGUUGCCACAGCUCGAGCAGCAGCAACUAAAGAUUGAGCAACAGCUUCAACACUGUCAAGUCAUGCAAAUGCAGGUGCACACGAUUGAUUCAAGGAAACUCAAGAGACAAGAAAUGACAAACCUUGUUGCAGCCCUUGGUCUGAUUAAUGAUGGCUCUCCAUUGGUGAGAAAAGAGGUCAUUAUACUUCUAUCACAGUUUGUUUAUCGAUAUGUCAACUUCUUUAUUGUUGUGUCUUUCAACGACCUAACAGAGGAAAUAAUUCAAAUGGAAGGUUCAGAUAGCGAGGCGCAGACAUAUACGGAUAAACACUCUGUGAGUCAUGGCUCUAUAUUCGCCACCGUUUGGGAAGCCUUGUUGAUUUUUUCUGAAGAUCCUUUCCCUGAAAAUAAGCUAUUGGCCGGCCAAGCAGUUGAUUACAUUUUACUGGAACUGAGUACUCAUAAACAAUUAAGCGAAGCGUUCGGAAAAAUCGAGAAAUUUUUAAUUAAGAGAAGUAAUACCUCCAAUCAAAAUGGUAAGCAUGGCUUCAACAUCUCACAGGUACAACUAAUAAUGAAGCCUGCUCAAUCUUUUGCUGAGAAUUCUCUUACACCUCGCAGUAGUCGAGCUCAAGGGCCAAACGGUAAAAAGGAUUCAACAGGAAACCGUAGUUCUUUAGUGCGUUUUUUCCAAAAUUUAGGACUUUCAAGCUCUGGAAAUGACAGCGAUGAUAAAGUAUCGCACGGUGCCAAUGGACGCAAAACUAGAUCAUCAGGGAUGUCCUUACUGAGCAUCCCACAUGGUUCAGCUCCACAUGCAAAAACCGCAGGUCCAUCGCAGAAACCAAAAGUUUUGAAACUGCCUUUGGACAGUACCUUCCAGGAUUAUUCUAGGGAGUACUUUCAGGAACCUCAAAUGCGAAAGCAAGAGUCAGACGAGUUCGGCAGUGUUGAAUACAGCGCAAGAAUCUGGCGAAGGAACAGAAAUGAAAGUGUUAUACAGGAAACUCAAUCUCAAAAAAAGUUGGCAUUAUACGGGGAUUGGUCAAACCGAAUGGUAACCUUGGAUAACAAAACCCACCCAAAAGUGAUUAAGUUUGCUCAAUUCGAGAACUAUAUUGUUUCUGCAGAUGAACGAGACGAUAUUACUGUCUUCGACUGGGCACAAAAUAGUACAUUAUCCAGAUUUUCUAAUGGAAAUCCUUUUGGUACUAAAGUGACAGAUCUAAAAUUCCUAAAUGAAGAUGAUGCCAUCCUUUUGAUGACUGGAUCAUCAGAAGGUAUUAUAAAAAUUUACAAAAACAUUCAUUGUCUGAACGAACUUGAAAUGAUUUCGUCUUGGAGAGGAUUGACAGAUAUGUUGUUGACACCAAGAUCUAGUGGUUUAUUGACAGAAUGGCAGCAAAUUCGUGGUUCAUUUUUAGUAACUGGUGAUGUCAAAAUAAUCCGUGUUUGGGAUGCAAGAACGGAAACAGUUGAGGUUGAUAUUCCUGCGAAAACCUCAUCUCUAGUGACUUCCAUAACAUCUGAUCAAUUGGCAGGUAAUAUUUUUGUGGCAGGUUUCGCAGAUGGUUCUUUGAGAGUUUAUGAUCGUCGUAUGGAUCCCCGCGACUCUAUGGUUCGUUUAUGGAGGUCUGGCAGCGGCAGGCAACGUACUUGGAUCAAUAAUGUACACAUGCAGAGAGGUGGGUACCGUGAACUGGUAAGUGGAGCUACCAACGGCAUUGUUGAGUUAUGGGAUAUUAGAUCUCAAGAACCAGUAGAGUCUUUCAAGGAUGAAAACUUUCAGCAAAAUGGUGGACAAAAACGAAUGACCACCAUGACUACCAUGCAAGUACACGAGCAUGCACCAAUUAUCGCCACAGGUACAAAACAGAUAAAAAUUUGGACAACUUCUGGCGAUAUACUGUCCAGUUUCAAAAAUCAUAAUAAUAGUGGAGGCGUUGCUGGUACAUUAGCUGCCACAGGAAUAAGAUCAACAGGAUCUGCCGGAUUCUUAUCCUCCAUGGCAUUUCAUCCUCAUAGGAUGAUGCUUGCUGCAACUAAUUCUCAAGACUCUCAUAUCAAUAUUUAUGAAUGUCAGGAUGACAAAUCUGACUUCUACUACUAG